AUGACUUCACCAAAUUCUCCUAUAAUCUCGAAUUUAAUAACUACUUCAACUAAUUCAAACAAUAAUAAUAAUUUUCAAUCAAUACCCCUCAAUCUAUCAUAUUCGGAUUCUUCAUCUAUAUCAUCAAACUCAGAACCUUCAUCAACAAGAUCCUCCAUAACUUCUACUACGUCAAACGAUUCAAACACAUCAAUGAGCUCAACCGAUUCAAAUAAUAAAAUAACUUCUUCAGUUAUGUUAAUAUCACCACCAAAAAAACCAAAAGUAACUGAAUAUGGAACAAAAACUCCAUCAGGUCAUUCCCGUAUUUUUAAUUGUAAAAUUUGUCAAAGAGCAUUUACAAGAGAAGAACAUUUAACAAGACAUGUACAAUCAACUCAUAAUAAAUUAAAACCUUUUACUUGUGGUAUAUGUUCAAGACCUUUUUCAAGAAGGGAUUUAUUAUUAAGACAUGCAAAAAAUUUACAUAAAGGUAGUGAAAAAGCAAUUAGUAGAAUUCGUAGAACUUAUAAACAAAAUAAAAAUAGAAAUAAUAAUAAUGAGAAUGUCAAUAAUGAACAAGAACAAGAUCAUGAAGAUGAACAUGAAGAUGAAAAAGAUAAUGACUCAAAUAAUAGUAAUGAUGAUGAGGAUAAUGAACUUUUGGAAGACGAAAAAGAAUAUAAACGAAUUGUUAAUCAUAGAAUUAAUAACAUACAACUUCCACCAAUACGAACAGUUCCAACAAAUAAUAAUAUUAAUAGUGUUAAAAGUAUUAAUUCCAACAAUAAUAAUAGUAUUACAUUGGAAAACGAUAGGCCAAUAAAAAGAAAUAAAAGUCAUGAAUCACUACAAUCAAAAAGAUUAAAAAUGUCAGUCAACAUGUUAGUCAGCUAG